AUGCGUCUGCACGCUAAAUUACCCCAUUGGCGCCGUGACCAUACUAUUUGUCAAGUCAACGUGCGCUGCUAUGAUUACCGCAUCAUGGAAACCUUGCUGUCCUUUUGGGAAUCAACAAAGGAACUUGUCUGGCGAUUACUAGCAAAUAGUUGUGUUUCGUCACCGCUUAUCCCGCCCAUGACACCUAUCUUUCUGUAUAUCACAUUGGACUAUGAACGUUGCCUCCAACGCGCCUGUCGACUUCAGAAUAUGUCCUGGCACCGUCGAUUAUGGGCAUUGGUUGCCAAAGCGGAUAGUAUUGCGUUCAUCAGUGUAUAUUAUUCUGUGCUUGGUGGAGCGUACAGUUCCUUGGGAAAGAGCAAUGCGUUUUACGCCACAAAAGCAGGCUCGCUAGCCAAGCGUCAAAUUAUGCUGGCGCGAUGGUUAAAAGACAUGAUUCUCGAAUCCAAGUGCUGGUUAUAUUACGCCGAGGAUCUUAUUCAGCUGCAAAAAUUUCGACGAGCCAAACGCAUCAUUAGAAAGCAAUUGGAGUACGCACAAAAGACACAAAAUGAUAUUAGUAAACGCGAUACCGUGACAUCGAGCUAG